GCUGUCAUGCUGUCUCCCGCCUCAGGGCUGCACCAAAUGCAGCAGCUGCUGCAGCAGCAGAUCCUCAGCCCGGCACAGCUGCAGUCCUUCAUGACGCAGCACUCCCUCUUUCUGCAGCAACAGCAGCAGCCGCCUCAACCGCCUGUGCCGCCACCUCCACCGCCACCCCACCAUCACCAGCCGGAAAGUACAGGUGACCAUGCAAGCAGUGAUCGAUUCAACUACCUCACACUGAAGUCUGUGCAACAACAGCAACUGGCUGAACUUGGAAUGAAGCAAUUACAGCAAGCAAUGCAGCAGUUACAAGAACAGCUGCAACUGAAUGUCAUACAGCAGACACACCUACUGCAGUCAGGGGACAAAAAGAAAGCUUCAGGCCCUUUGCAACAGUUAGCACUGCAACAACAGCAACUCAUGCAGCAGUUACAAAUCACACAACGACAGUAUUUACUGCAGCAGGGUAUUGGCAUUCAACCAAUGGUGCUUGCUCAAGCUCAGGCACAAAGUGCAGCAGUGACAUCAGAUGUACCAAAUCCUUGGAAAGAACCACCUUCUGAAAACCAUGACACACAUCACAAUGUUUCGGCACAUAAAAAUGUCCCAGGAAUCAAUGGACUUCUGGGAACUAUAGGGUUGGGCCGCAGGGAUAGCAUGAAUGGAGUUGCUGGUGUUGGAGAGGAGAAGCUUCUUGAAAGUUGUGGGGACAAAAUGCAUCCACUUUAUGGUCAUGGGGUCUGCAAGUGGCCUGGCUGUGAAGUUAUAUGUGAUGAUUUCCAGUCCUUUCUCAAGCAUCUAAACACAGAACACACGCUAGAUGACAGAUCUACAGCACAGGCAAGAGUGCAGAUGCAAGUUGUAUCUCAGCUCGAGCUUCAGCUGCAGAAGGAGAGGGACAGGCUGCAAGCCAUGAUGCAUCACCUUCAUAUGACCAAGCAACAAGCAUCUCCCGAACCAUUAAAAACAGAGGCAAGUACGGGGCCAAAUCUCUCAAAACUUAACCUUUCCUCUGUUCUCCUUAACCAACCCCCACACUCAAUGCCAUCUUCAGUCAGUCAGCCUGUUUCUAUGUCAUCUCUGGUGUCUGCAGUCCGAUCUCCAAUUCUCCAGCCUCCUACUCCAAACAUUAGUGGACCAAUCAGAAGGCGAAUAAGUGAUAAAUCUGCUCUGUCACUUGCUGGAGGGCUACCAUAUAUGCUGGAACGUGCAGGACUUGAUGUUCAACAAGAAAUUCAGAGAAACAGAGAAUUUUACAAGAAUGCUGAUGUGCGACCUCCAUUUACAUAUGCAUCGUUAAUACGACAGUCCAUCAUUGAGUCACCAGACAAACAACUUACGUUAAAUGAGAUCUACAAUUGGUUUCAGAAUACUUUCUGCUACUUUCGUCGUAAUGCAGCAACGUGGAAGAACGCGAUCCGCACCAAUCUGUCACUGCACAAGUGUUUUGUGCGCUAUGAAGACGACUUUGGCUCCUUCUGGAUGGUGGAUGAUGCGGAGUUUGUCAAGCGACGCCAUCUUUCUCGUGGUCGUCCCCGGAAAUAUGACCCCACCCCAUCACCCACUCCACCCCACCUCUCCGCCGCACAGGGUGUGCAGUCAAAAAGUCCCACCCUGAUACACAGCCCAACGUUAUAUGGAGAUGCGCUGAAUACGAGUCUUCAAAAUGUCCAAUGCGAGAAUUACUCGGAGGCUGCCCUGGGAGAAAGCAAUAUGGGAUUCGUCAACAACUCAAUGAGUACGUCAACAGCAACUAGUCCAGAAAAGGUCCCAUCACCAGCAACAGAACACAGAUCUUCGGUGGAUGGAUCACUCAUGCAUAUCAAGCAAGAGGCCUUGCAGACACCAUCUAUGAAUCCUGACAAUGAUGGUCUUGUCCAUUUAAUCAAGAGGGAGAUAAUGGAGCAUGGAAUAGAUGCAGAAGAGGUGGAGGAAGUUGGCGAGGAGCGAGAUUUUGUACCUGGAGCUACAGUGGGGAUGCAGCUGGAUCAUGGACAUGAAUCUGAAGAGCCAGAUGAGAUGGCCGAAGACUUAUCUAUGGUUCCAGAUGUGUCUGAAGAAAAUCUGGAAGCAUAGUUGAGAAAAUCGCAUCCUGAUUUUAAUCAUAUCCACUUUUUAAUGUGAAUGAUACUGUUAACAAAAAAGUAAAUGUAUCGUGUAUGGCCACAAAUGUGGUGCAAUGAAUUUGAAAGACAGUGCAGGAGUUAAUUCAUAUCUGUGCGGAAAAAACGAUUAUUUCAAAAACACUCGUGUUGUAUAUUAAAACAAAAUGUCCGUAUCAAAAUGAAAAAAAAAAAAAAACUAUAGAUUAUUUCCUGGCUGUGUGAGUAAACGUUAUGUGUGCAAG